GGGCUGCGGCUGCUGUGGGGGCUGUGGAUGUGGCUGCGGUCCGUGUGGGGCUUGUGGAGCCUGUGGAGGACCCUGUGGUGGCUGCUGUUGUGGGGGUGGGCCGUGUGCUGGUUGCGGUGGCUGCGGCUGUGGCUGUGGCUGUGGCUGUGGCCCGUGUGGGGCCUGUGGAGGGUGUGGCAUGCAAAUGCAGAGCCCGAUGGGACAGUUCGGCCAAAUGGGCCAGCCCCAGAUGGGCCAGACAGGCCAGGCCCAAAUGGGCCAGAUGGGCCAGAUGGGCAUGA